AUGGCCAAAGUGAAGUGCAACUUCCAGCCUCGAUGCUUGCGGUGUACCAAUAAAGGUCUCGAAUGCGUGUAUGAUACGACUGCUGCUAAUGCUUCUAUUCAUGCUCCUACUACAAGUGAGGAACAAAUUACCAAUGAACAACCAGCAGCAAACGCGUCUCCUGUCUUUACCCUGGACCUAUUCGCAAUUGGUGACAUCAAUAGUACCUUCAAUGACUUCGGUGCAUCCACUGAGACAAUUGAUAUGGACGAAGCGCAAGUUUAUGUUGACUGGGAUGAGGUCAAUCUCGUAGAGAGUCCAGAGACUGACAUCCUCUCACAAAGUCCCAUGAAUAACCUGCCUUGUUUCCAAUAUGAGCAGGCUGCUAGGCCUAACAGGCAACCCGCUCACAAAGAGAACCUCUUGCUCACUGAUCUUCCCUGGUCUGCACUGGGCCCUCCAGAUAACAGUCUCCCUGUCAUGUCCGAAACUACAUGUCUCUCCGAGCUACCAUAUCGGGAAUUUCUUACUCCAAUCCCAAUACCAAACCCCGUUGCAAAGUUUACUGGUAAUAUUGUCAUGCAGAUGCUUUGUGCCUUUCCACAGAUGAUGCUUCGAAGGGAAACUCUGCCUCCUUUUAUACACGGGCACUGGUAUCAAACAACAAGUGCUAUAGAGCCUGCUCUGCCUAGGCCACUGGUUAAUUGCAUGGGACUAGCGCAGGUCUUUGCUUCUCACAAUCUUGAGACUAGGCUAUUUUUGUGGCACACAGGUCGGGCAGAACAACAUUCCCUGGCUGAAAAGGCAAGUCAGUGCCAAUUCUCGAAGGAUGAGCACCUCGCAGCAAUACAAGCCCUGCUUGUAUAUAUUAUGAUGCGAGUCAUCGAUAACUCAAAAAUCGAGCCGGACUUAAACCUUGAAUUGCUAGUUACUUACCAGAGCCUUUGUGACAGCUUCAAAGCUGGGAAGAUUGGGUUUUUGCCGAGUCCAGAAGAAGGUAAUGUUCAAUGCCACUUUUCCACGCACACGCCCAUACACAUCCUAAUGUUCACUAACAACCUAAACCGCAGAACGGCAAUCGUGUGGCUUCUAAUUACCCAAAUGUUCCAGAUCAAGAUUGGUGUACCUUGCGAUAGAUUCGAGAGCUUCCGAGAUAUCCCCCUCUCUUCUCCCAAGUCACUCUGGGAAGCACGAACACGUGCAGCAUGGCAGUCGGAAUAUGAAGUAUACGCCACCAUGCCGCGGAUGGGUUUGGACGUUUUUGGCGACCUUCUUGAUGCUUGUAAGCAGGGCGAUGUCGGUUUAAACAAGCUGAAACUGCACGCUUGGAAUGCCACGGUUGAUAAUCUCGGCAUUUUGCUUAACCUGUGCGCGGAGAUGACUUAG